CCGGUUUAAGCACUUGGGUGUUAGUGUUGUUGCUAAAGUCCUACAAUUGUAGGUAUUUAUUGAAAUAAACGAAUAACGACCAAAAUUAGUUUAACCAAUAUGGAUAUACUAAAGGCUGAGAUCGCAAGGAAAAGAAAACUCCUCGAGGAGAAACAGCUUGUUGACGACUCCAAAAGAUUCUUUAAAAGGUCUGAUCUUGCACGCACAGAACAAGAUGAUUACUACAGAAGAUGUGGAUACAAGGUUCAGAGAGAGACUCCUGAGAGCCAGAUUGAUAAGAAAGAAGAAGAUGAGCCAUCAACCUCAGCGAAUCCAGUGUUAGAACUCGAACUAACAGAGGAGAAGCUGCCAAUGACACUUUCACGACAGGAAGUAAUUCGACGCUUGAGAGAACGAGGCGAGCCAAUCCGACUGUUUGGAGAGUCCGACUAUGAUGCCUUCCAGAGACUCAGGAAGAUUGAGAUUCUGACCCCAGAAGUAAACAAGGGCUUGAGGAAUGACCUGAAAGCAGCUAUGGACAAGAUUGACCAGCAGUACCUUAAUGAGAUUGUCGGAGGAACAGAGUCAGGAGAACUGGACACACAGCACGACCUGAAAGUGCAUGAAGAAAACACCACUAUAGAGGAACUGGAGGCUCUUGGUAAAACUCUGGGCACAGGAGAUGAUGAUGGAGACCAGGAAGUUAUCCACAAGUUUUUGAGGUUUCUUCUUGGUGUUUGGGCCAAAGAUCUGAACAGCCGAGAGGACCACGUGAAGCGAGGUGUUCAGGGCAAGCUGGCCAGUGCAACUCACUCACAGACCGAGUCUUACCUCAAACCUCUCUUCAGGAAGCUCAAGAAGAAGAGUUUACCAGCUGACAUCAAAGAGUCCAUCACAGACAUCAUUAAAUUCAUGUUGGAGAGAGAAUAUGUCAAGGCAAAUGAUGCCUACCUGCAGAUGGCCAUUGGUAAUGCACCCUGGCCUAUUGGUGUGACCAUGGUGGGUAUCCAUGCUCGUACUGGACGAGAAAAGAUCUUCUCCAAGCAUGUGGCUCACGUUCUCAAUGAUGAGACACAGAGGAAAUACAUCCAGGGACUGAAGAGGCUAAUGACCAUCUGCCAGAAACACUUUUCAACUGUUCCAUCAAAGUGUGUGGAGUACAACGCUCUGUAACUCUUUCACUGUAACUUCAGUUUCAUUUAUGCCAAGGCUGUCAGGCAGUCGGAUCACAGUCCAAAAUGGGACUUUAUCACAGCAGGUCAGUCACGGGUUCUGGUAUGACUGAAGUGUGGAUGUUGCAGAAAUGUCUUCAAAUCUUGUUUAUUGAGGGCCUACAGUACAUCUGCAUUUACUGGUGGGCAACAGUCUGAGAGAAAGCAUCAUUUUAACAGAAUGAGGCUGAUUAAGACCUGUUGUAUACACUCAGAAUUAAACUAACUUAAAAGUGAAAAUUAAAAUAUUUCAGAUUAAAGUGGAGAGCAUUCAACAACCUCGAGUCCUGUCCCUAUGAACUGCUUAUAAAACUGAUGCACCUGUCAUGUCAUUAAUAGUCACACGUCAUCAGUCCAACUUGAGAAUAUGUUUGUUUACGGAUGCUUGGAAAACUUUCAAGGAUUGUUUGGGAAAAAGUAAAACAGUAAUGAGGUUUAUAUGUAUUUACUACUCUUGCUCUGUCAAUAUUGGCUUUUACAAGUUUUUCAAAGAUUUAUUUUCAUGAUGUGGGAAAGAAAGAUCCAGUGGUGUGAGUUUUAUUACACCUGACAGUUCUUUAUUCACAUGCUAAAAAUCAAUACAGAUUCAGUUAUAUGUGCAUGUUUGAGUUUUCAGAAGAUAAUUAAACCAAUCUAUGUGUCACAGUUCCAUCUAAAUAAGAAAAUAAAGUGUUGUUUUGUUAUACCAGCUGCUGUGGUUGUUAGUUUUUAUGCAGUGUGAAAACUUAAUUGUCCUUCUUGCUCUGUAAUUGUCAUGAAUUGCUCUCUAGUCUUCUGCAGCUGGAUGGCUGAAUGUGACUAUUUUUAGCCACCAUAGGUUUUUUUGCUUAUUAGAAAAUGUGUCUGCAGGGAAAGACUUCCUAAUAAAGUACCUCCUGUAAAUGUGC